AUGGCGACAACGUCGAACAUGUUCCUAUACUCGCUGACGGUCCAGCCGCCGACCAACGUCGUUCAGGCGGUGCUCGGCCAGUUCGCGGGCACCAGGGAGCAGCUCAUCAUUACUGGAGCAGGCUCACAGCUUACGCUGCUGCGACCUGACCCGUCUCAGGGAAAGGUGAUUACCCUCCUCUCCCAUGAUAUCUUUGGAAUCAUUCGUUCCCUCGCCGCGUUCCGUCUGGCGGGCAGCAACAAGGAUUACCUGAUUCUUGCUACCGACUCUGGCCGGAUUACCAUCAUUGAGUAUCUGCCAGCCCAAAACCGUUUCCAGCGAUUGCACCUCGAAACCUUUGGCAAGUCGGGCGUGCGACGCGUUAUUCCUGGCGAGUAUCUCGCAUGCGACCCCAAGGGAAGAGCGUGUCUCAUCGCGUCUACCGAGAAAAACAAGCUUGUCUAUGUUCUCAACCGAAACUCCCAGGCUGAGCUGACAAUCUCGUCACCUCUCGAGGCCCACAAGCCGGGUGUGCUUGUCAUCUCCAUGGUUGCACUUGAUGUCGGCUACUCCAAUCCCGUUUUCGCCGCGCUUGAAAUCGACUACUCUGAGGUUGAUCAAGAUUCAAGCGGCCAAGCCAUGGAGGACUUGGAGACCCAGCUGGUGUAUUACGAGCUUGACCUGGGACUCAACCACGUGGUUCGAAGGUGGUCAGACCCAGUCGAUCCCACAGCGUCGCUACUCUUCCAGGUCCCUGGUGGUAAUGAUGGCCCCAGUGGUGUGCUCGUCUGUGGCGAGGAGAACAUCACCUACCGACAUUCGAACCAAGAAGCAUUUCGCGUCGCCAUUCCCCGUCGACGAGGUGCGACUGAGGACCCCAACCGCAAGCGCACAAUCGUGUCGGGCAUCAUGCACAAGCUGAAAGGCAGUGCAGGAGCUUUCUUCUUCCUCCUACAAACCGAGGAUGGCGACCUCUUCAAAUUGUCCAUUGAUAUGGUUGAGGACGAAGACGGCAAUCCCACGGGAGAGGUUAAAAGGCUGAAGAUUAAGUACUUCGACACCGUUCCCGUGGCUUCCAGCCUCUGCAUUUUGAAGAGCGGUUUUCUCUAUGUUGCCAGUCAGUUUGGCAACUACUCCUUCUACCAGUUUGAGAAGCUUGGAGAUGACGAUGAUGAGCUCGAGUUCAUCAGCGAUGAUUUCCCUGCGGACCCAAAGGCUUCGUAUGAUCCGGUCUAUUUCCACCCAAGGCCGACUGAGAACUUGGCCUUGGUUGAGAGCAUCCCUGCCAUGAAUCCUCUUUUGGACUGCAAGGUUGCAAAUCUCACGGGAGAGGAUGCCCCUCAGAUCUACACCAUCUGUGGCAACGGCGCUCGCAGCACCUUCAGGAUGCUCAAGCAUGGCCUGGAGGUCAACGAGAUCGUCGCUUCAGAACUACCCGGAAUCCCAUCUGCUGUCUGGACACUCAAGUUAAACCGUUCGGAGCAGUACGAUGCUUACAUUGUCCUUUCGUUUACCAACGGCACACUGGUGUUGAGCAUUGGAGAAACGGUCGAGGAAGUGAGCGACUCUGGUUUCCUCACCAGCGUUCCUACACUGGCCGCACAACUUCUUGGUGAGGAUGGCCUUAUCCAGGUUCAUCCAAAGGGUAUUCGACAUGUCAGAAAUGGCCACAUCAAUGAGUGGGCAGCUCCGCAGCAUCGAUCUAUCGUCGCCGCUUCAGCCAACGCUCAUCAAGUUGCCAUUGCCCUUAGUUCUGGAGAGAUCGUCUACUUUGAGAUGGAUGCUGAUGGCUCGCUGGCCGAGUAUGACGAAAAGAAGGAGAUGUUCGGAACUGUUACCUGCCUGAGCCUUGGUGAUGUCCCCGAAGGACGGUUAAGAAGCUCGUUCCUUGCUGUCGGUUGCGAUGACUGCACCGUCCGCAUUCUCAGCUUGGACCCUGACUCGACUCUGGAAAACAAGUCGGUGCAGGCUUUGACAGCCGCCCCGACAUCGUUGGCCAUUAUCGCCAUGGAGGACUCAUCGUCCGGUGGCUCGACUCUGUAUCUCCAUAUCGGUCUUCAUUCCGGUGUCUAUCUGCGGACAGUAUUGGAUGAGGUCACUGGCGAGCUGACAGAUACACGUCAGAAGUUCCUCGGACCGAAGGAGGUGAGACUCUUCCAAGUUACUGUCCAGGGCAAGACAUGCGUUCUCGGGUUGAGCUCAAGACCCUGGCUUGGCUAUCCCGACCCCAUCACAAAGGGCUUCGUGGUGACACCGCUCAGCUACGUUGACCUUGAAUGGGGCUGGAACUUUAGCAGUGAGCAGUGCGAGGAAGGCAUUGUUGGCAUCCAGGGCCAAUCUUUACGAAUCUUCAACAUCGACCGUCUGGGUGACACUUUGAUUCAGAAGUCGAUUCCCCUGACUUAUACGCCCAAGAAGCUGGUCAAACAUCCCGAACAACCUUUGUUCUAUACGAUCGAGGCCGACAACAACACCCUACCGCCUGAGCUACGCGCACAGCUGCUGGCCGAUCCCAACGUGGUAAACGGUGACUCUCAGGUGCUCCCGCCUGAGGACUUUGGCUACCCCAAGGCUAACCGCCGGUGGGCAUCAUGCAUCAAUGUGAUCGAUCCUUUGUCCGAAGAAGGGCAGGUUCUGCAAACCGUCCACUUUGAGAACAACGAAGCAGCUGUCAGCGCUACCGUGGUCUCUUUUGCCAGCCAGGACAACGAAAGUUUCCUUGUUGUUGGCACGGGCAAGGACAUGAUCGUCAAUCCUCAGAGCUACUCUGAGGGUUAUCUAUAUAUCUAUCGUUUUGUGGAGGACGGCCGAGAGCUGGAGUUCAUUCACAAGACCAAGAUUGAGGAGCCUCCUCUGGCUCUCUUACCAUUCCAAGGCAAGGUCGCUGUCGCUGUCGGCACACAACUGCGCAUUUACGACCUUGGUAUGAGGCAGAUGCUUCGCAAAGCUCAGGCCGAGGUGUCAGCACAGCGAAUCGUCUCGCUCAACACACAAGGCAGCCGCAUUGUUGUUGGCGACGUGCAGCAGGGCGUCACUCUUGUUGUGUACAAGUCUGCUACAAACAAGCUCAUUCCCUUCGCCGAUGAUACCGUCGCAAGGUGGACCACGUGUACAACGAUGGUGGACUACGAGUCGAUAGCGGGCGGCGAUAAGUUUGGCAACAUGUUCAUUGUUCGCUGUCCCGAAAAGGCCAGUGAGGAGGCUGAUGAGGAGCAAUCUGGCCUACAUCUCAUCAACGCUCGAGAUUAUCUCCACGGUACACCUCACAGACUGGGUCUGAUGUGUCACUUCUACACGCAAGAUGUCCCCACUAGCAUUACCAAGACAAGUCUGGUAGUUGGUGGCCAGGAGAUUCUGUUGUGGAGCGGAAUCAUGGGCACGAUCGGAGUCUUCAUCCCCUUUGUCAGCCGUGAGGACGCUGAUUUCUUCCAAAACCUCGAGCAACACCUGAGGACUGAGGAUCCCCCUCUCGCAGGCCGAGACCAUCUCAUGUAUCGCGGUUACUACGCUCCUGUGAAGGGAGUUAUCGACGGCGACUUGUGUGAGAGGUACAACCUGCUUCCAAACGACAAGAAGCAGAUGAUUGCGGGCGAGCUGGAUCGCUCGGUCCGAGAAAUUGAGAGGAAGAUUUCUGACAUCCGCACACGAUCAGCGUUUUAA